UGCCCACGGGACGACAGCGGCGGGAGGGCGGCCGGGCGGCGCUGCCGGACGGGGACGGGAAAUCGACGGGGGGCUAUGGAGCGCGCCGGACGGAUCACCGACAGCUUCCCGCGGCGGCACCGCGCGCAGACACGCGCCGGCGGCAAAGAGCGGAGCGGAGCGCGGCGGCGGCGCGGCGGAGAGGGGCGCCACCGGGUGGUCCCGCCGGCCCCGGCCCCGCCGACACCCCCCCACCCCGCGCAGGACGACGCCCGGGACCCCUCUGCCCCGCCGCGAGAGGCCCCGCGUGAGCUGCUGGAGAUGUUGCGCCGCUUCGAUCUGGCCUGGGAGUACGGGCCGUGCACCGGCAUCACCCGGCUGCAGCGCUGGGAGCGGGCGCGGGCUCUGGGACUCAACCCGCCGGCCACGAUCCGCGACGCCCUCCUGGAGCACCGCGACGACCCUGCCGUCACGUACAGCCUGUGGCACGAGUACGGUCUGUGAGCGGACGGCAAGACGGCGGCUCCGGUACGACGCCGAGGUCCCGGUACGCAGCGCCGCAGCCCGGGCGGCCGCUGCUGGGUGAAUAAAGCAGUGAGUGCGCUAA